AUGUCGGGAUUCAGCAGAUCCUCUUUCGGCUCGUCCUCGGCCUCAUCCCAUGGUCCAUCCACCCCUUACUCUUCCUCAUCCCGCCGCCUCCCAUCGGACUCUUCCUACUCUUCCUCUUCGUCCACAGACACUACCCCGCCCGGUUCACUCCGCGAGUACUCGGCCUCGCUCAAGGCGAGUCACACGAUGGGCAUGGCUCAAGCUAUGAAGUCCAUGCCCCUCGAGCGCGGUCCUCGAUCGUGCGACGCCACUGCCAACCCAUUUGACGCGCUCUUCACCUCUCCCUCUCCUUCACCCAUGCCCAGGCCGGCCCUGCACGAGCGGAACACCAGGGAGGAGUAUAUGCAGGUGGACCAGGAGGUGGAUGGGGAGGGGUACGAGUAUGAGUAUGAAGAGGGAGAGUAUGAGGGGGAUGAUUAUCAGGAGGAUGACUGUGAAGGGGAGGAGGCGGAAGGAUCGGCGGGGCGGCGGAGGAGGAUGUCAGUCGAUGACACGUACGACCCAAGGUUCCGGCCAUCCCUCAUCAACUUUCACCGGCAGAACAGCGACAACGCCACCCCCGGGUCAGUCAGCAGCGAGUCUAGCUUCGAGGGUGGCAAAUCCGAAGACUAUCGGCGGAUGUACGGGCCCGGUAUCCACUCCCCAUCGGACCUCGCCAUGUUUGCGCGGAAUCGGGACGUCCAAACACCCCCUGCCAUUUCCCAAUCCACCUCCGAAAUUCCCACCCCUACCCAAUCCCAGCCCUACUCCCCAUACGACCCCGCAGAGCGCUCGUCGGUCUUCUCCACCCUAUCCUCGGCGACCAUGACAUCCAUCUCAUCUACCGAUACCAUCACUUCCCUCCCCAGCCCCACACUCGCGGCUCAGAUCGGUGUAGCCGGCACGGGUCGCAUGUCGCGCCCGUCCCUUCUUCGCCCACGCCCCAGGCCGAGGCCAUACGAGAUGGAAGGCGCGAGGCCGGCGGCUGGGUCAAGGAUGCACAGCUUUGGGCAGGACGAGGAGGAGAUGAGGCAGGAUGGGAGGAGCGUCAGUGAGGUGAUGGUCGCGAUGGCGGGAUUGAGGUGUCAGCGGGGCAGGGGAAGUAGGGUCUAG